CUUGCAGGUCGCGUGUUGUGUUGAUGUUUUGUGAAAAGUGGAAGCAUACUUAAUAUCUACGGACUCAAAGUGAAGUGCUACAAGGACAUAGUGAACCUAAUCGACCCUACUUGGUAGUAUACAACAAACAGACCUCCAGCGACAAGUCUCCACUGCAGCGUCAUGUUCCACGAGGAGGUCGAGCUGGACGAUACCCACCUCUGCAACAAAUGCGGCCGCACAGUGGUCGGGUUGGAAAAUUACAUCAAACAUAGGAAGGUAAGCUGUGUCCAACCAAAGCCGGCAACAGUGACGAUUACCAGUGGACCCAGCCCUCGGAUUGGUACCGAACAAGGCUAUACAUCAUUCGAUUUUGGUGAGGGAAUUAAAGAUCCGGAACACCACAAGAAGCUACCGAACUAUAGCUUCAACUAUGACUUGGAAACGCACCACAGCGAUCCGGUACAGAGACCGGAUAGCAAAACUGACUACAAGAAUGAUGUUAACUAUGAUUAUGAAUUGGGGGCGGAUUUAUUUUUCUCGUCCCUUGAAUUACAGAGCAGUUCAAAGAAAACCAAUAUUCAUUCGUCUGCUACCAAGCUGAAUGCACCUAUUCGAGCGAAGGUUAGAAAACCGACGACUUCAAUGUCGAAUACUGAUCCCGAUCAUGAGCACGAUCACGAAGACGACUGGAUCGCGCCUCACCAUGCAUCGGAAAAACUUAUGAAGGCUGUCAGCGAAAUUAGCGGCAACAAAAAAGUAGAAUCCAUGUUCUCGUUCUUCGAACACGAGUCCCCAGAACCAUCGGAAGAUGAAAGUGAAGAAGAUGAUGACUUUGAUGCCCCACCGAGGACUCACACAGGGGGCAAAUGGAAACCGGAGAAUCGCCCCAUUUCAUCACAAUGGCGUCAUUGGCCUGACCAGGAAGGGCAGCUGGAUAAAUCAACCGAGCAUGAGGAAGAAGAAGAGUAUAAGAGUUUCUCUCCGCCUCCGGGUCACACCAAAGGAAAGUGGGUACCCGGAUCAAAAAUAACCCGGCUAGAAUAUAAGAUGCCUACUCUACCAUCAAAAACCUACGACGAAAAUUACUGGUGCAGCAUUUGCAAUCGGAAACUUGCCUCACGAUUCGUUUACGAGAGACACCUUAAAUCCAACCUUCAUCAAAAGCGGGCCCAAGAAGAAUCAGAACUGGAAAGAGCACUAAAACCAACACUUUACCCUAAUGAGCUGUCCAAACGAAUUACCAAACCUUCCGUAGAUCUGAGCGAUGACUUCUUCAGCAGCAAUCUGAGCCCGGAAAAGACAUCAACACCCACGUUCGCAACCCCUUCAGACAGCCGCAAAUCUACCCCGCGAAAAAGCAAACGAAAACGAAAAUGCUAUUACACCAAAUGUGAGAUCUGCAAGACACGACUUCCAACGAAUCUUCUUGGAAAACACUUGAUCUCUCGCUAUCACUACCGUCGGAUGUUGAACCAUCCGGAGCAAUGUUUCGAUAUAAUUUUGAAAAACAUUCACCGAAUAGUCCUACAGUCCCCGUUCCAAUGUCAACCCUGUAAAUUCUAUGCGAACACCGAAGAGCAGUUUAUGUUUCAUUGGAACUCUGCCGGUCACGAACAGCAAGUCAGCGAAGGUGGCACGUUCUGGUGCAGUUUCUGCAAGUUCGAAUGCACUGAAAACUACCACAUGACCGAUCAUUUGCUUGGAUCGGACCACAAGGAAGUUAUUUCCGUUAUCAAUCGUUCCGUUCCGAUCAUUAUUCGAAAAAUCACGCCGAUCCUGUGCGAAUUUUGCGGCGAUGAGUUCCGGUAUAACGCAGAACUCAAGAAACACCACCAGUUGUGCAACGAAGGUACUCCCGAAGACGCCUUUAAAGCUAAGCGUGCCUUUCAAAACACUUUCACUUGCAACAUCUGCAAAGCUUCCUUCCACAAUAAGAUGCUGCUCCUAAGCCAUGGCCAGAAACUCCAUCGAUUGGCCAACUACUACUGCUCGAUCUGCGAGAUGUCAUUCAGCACUUCCAAGGAAUCGGUUCAGCACCGAAGAACCACCGCUCACAAAGUGAUGUCGGCGAGAAAACGCAAAAAGCCUAUCGUUUCCUUGAAAAAAUGCCGACUUUGCAAGAAAGAACUCGUCGAUAUUUUGGAACUCAAGAAUCACAUGCGAGUCGACCAUCCGGAAAUUAAAUACAGCUGCCCACUAUGUGGGGAAAAUUUCGUACUGGCCCAGGAACUUGGCAGACACGUACGUGACAAAAAUUGUACAUUUUUCAAUUCCGCCACAUCAUCACCGGCGUCGUCGUCGUCGUCAGCAGUGGCAACACUAGCUCCAGUAGGUUCCGCAGAAGUGAAAACUCUCCCAUCAACAUCCCGUGCGCAUCUUUCGGACGAAAAUUCAAUUAUCCUAAAUGAUUCAAUUAAAGUAAAUAUGAAUGAUCAUAAAAUAGAAAAGGAGUCACAUCUGUAUUCUUCGACUUCGCCACCGUUGGUGGUGAUGGUGCUAGGCGGGAAAACGGAACCAGUCCAGGAUGAAACAACGGCGAACAUUCCACCUCCACCGGGAGCAACAACAACAACAACAACAGCGACAGCAGCUACUGAUGAGCCGGAAGCACUGGCACCCAUGCAAACAAUGGCCUUGAUGGAACAUUUUUCUAACCUUUCGCCAUCCCCACCGGCACCAAGAAGAUCGACCCCCGAAAUUGAGAAGCACCGUUUCGCAUCAUACCACGACCACCCAGAGCCCAACCCACUGCCCCCGACAUUGGCAGCAACUGUAAUUCGACGAACGACGGCGACCAGCUCGACCUCAACGACAUCCAAUUUCGCCUGUGAUGAUAACAUUGUCACCAGUUCGUCCUCGUCAGCAGAAAUCUUUUUCGCCAUGGCUAAUAAUGCGUCCGAAAAUAAUACUGUUUACGUUGAUGAAAUCGUCGGCACCAUCACCGAGGACAGUUCGGUCGUAUCCUGGCAGUGCAAAAUAUGCCCAUUCAGAACUGCCUCGCAAGCAACAUUCCUGUUCCACGAAAUUUUGCACUCAACAGACCCAAAGCUGGCAGCAAAAUCGUCGAAAAUCACCUGCCCGUUUUGUAAGAAGCAAUUUUCGAAAGCCUCGCUGCGUUGCCAUCUGCGACAGCACACGGAUGAAAGGAUCUUCCCCUGUGAGCUCUGUCCGAUGAGCUUCACCCGGAAAGCCAAUCUCAAGAAUCAUUUGUCCAACGUUCAUGGCGGUGCAAAGAAGAAGGGCAACGUAUCGGGUGAUGAUGGUUCUGAUAUGGCCGCGGAAAAACCGGAAAUUUGUCCUACUUGCGGAAAGGCGUUUGGAAGCAGAGACACUCAUCAGACAGCCCAAGCUCAACAGCUGGUCUGA